AUGUCUAUUGCACAAACUGGCUUAUCGACAACCAACUCCUACAUCUUCGGCACUUUGGCUAUUAUAUUGAAUACAUUCCUCAUUUUCGUGAUCAGAAAGAAGGCAACACAUAUUUACGGCUCCUACAAGCACAUGAUGACUGCCUAUGCGGCAUUCGACUUAGUUUUCAGUGCUGUAGAUGUGGUGUGCAGUCCACGCCAAGUUUAUUUAUAUUUCGAUAUUUGCAAAUAUGCAAGUCCAGUCUGUUCACAUAAGACAAAUUAUCUGCAAUAUCAUCAACGCCGGUCAUUCUAUCUAGCUACGCUACCAUUCGCUUUUUCGACGUCAAUCUGUGCAAUGAUUUGCUUUGCUGCAUGGCCUACGCAGUCCGACUUGGACGAGUUCACGGGUAUUGCCUAUGACAUAAACGUGGAAGGGAAUUACACAUUCCUUGUGGCAACGUUACAGGCACGUAUUUUGGAAGUUCUAGCAGCGUCGAGUAAAGCAGCUCCAGAGACUAUUCGUAGACACAUCCGCAACGAACUGUCCCACUUUAUUUUUCUGGAAAUGGUGCCGCUCACAUUGUUAACCCGCAGCAAGUUGGAUGAUUGCUUACGGUGA